AUGCUGCACCGCCCAGCGAGCGUGCGAUCGACGAGUUCGCUCUCGGGCAUCUCCACGGACUCUCUGGACGCGUCGUACGAUCCGGCGCGGUUACAAUCGCUCGUCGAGUCGUUCUCUCGCGACGAAAACGCACACAUUGACCGAGGCGGGACCGACGCGUUGGUGGUGCGCACACUGCGAGAGCUCGCGUGUGAGGCGGAGGGGCCGGCGGUGUCGUUCACGAAAACCACCAGAGGAUCGCAGUUGUUGUCACUAAUCUCCGUCGUGGUGAGAAACGUGUCGUUGAACGAUAAGGUUGGCGCUUUACGGGCGUUGCAGUUGUUGCGGUGCAACGACUCGGCGUUACAGCGCUUGGCCCGAGCGGGGACUGUUCCGGUCUUGUUGAGAGCGCUUUCGUGCGAACAUGACGAAGAGAUGCGAGAGAACGCGGCGAGGGCGCUCGUGGCGCUCGCUUCGUCGCACGAGGGGUGUCAGGUGAUGGUACGAGGUGGCGCGGUGGCGGCUCUGAGCGCGGCGUGCGCGAGAGCGGCGCGAGAGGGUGGGGGCGUGCGCGACGAGGCGCAGUACGCCGCCGACGCCCUCGAACGGAUUUCGGGGCGUAACGAUGCGUACGAUCAUCGCGCGUUGUUCCCGAUAUCGAGCGAACCGAGCGAGUUGGACUUAGUCGCCGAGAGCACCGCGAAGUCGCUCGUGGAGGUGUUAUGUUCGGAGAUGACCGUCGUACACGUUGACGCGAGCGAGGCUUUGUCGCAAAUGGCGUCAAGUGGGCCGACGGGAAGAAGAGCUGUGGCUCGAUGCGCCACUGUACUUCCGCUCGUGACCACAGCGCUCGGCGGCGCUCGGCAGCGAAUCGCUUCGAUGGAGUGUCUACGAUGCGUCGCCGGCAUCCCGUCGACGACUUCUGAGAGCGAAGAUCUCGUCGUUCGCUUAAGCCGCGAUCGCGAAGAGCUUACGAUGAAAGAGAAGGUGAUUGCUGCGUCCGGAACGGCGUCGAGUCUCGGCGGGAUAAAUUUUUUUCACGACAUGAUUGACGUGUUGGGUUCGGUUUUGGAACUGAGACACUCCCUAGAGCCCGCCGCCGCCGACGCCGCGUUGGCUCUGUGGGCGCUCGCAUGGCAACCGUCGAAUCGGGCACACAUGGUGGAACCGAGCUAUCGCAUCAUCGAGCGGCUCACCGCUCUCGCUCGCGAGGGAUGUUCGACGUCUCGAGACGACGUGUUGAGCGUGCUCGCGGUGCUCGCGCUCGACGACGACGGAAGAGACGCGAUUCGAGCGCAAGUGGAAGGCGCGCGCCUGCUCGACUAUCUCGCGAACACUGCAGAGGGCGGUGCGCACUCUCCUCGCGGGUACGCGGGGUCUGCUGGACUCUCCUUUGACGAGCUCAUCGAUCGAUCGCGACAACGCGAGCGUUCGAGCACGCGACUGUCGAUCGCGGUUUCGAGAAUGGGCGUCGACGGAUGA